AUUAUGUCCAUUCUGCUGGCAUUAUGUGUGCCCUAUAAAAGCCCCUGUUGACUCAUAAUCAGUAUUAUUAAUUGCAAAGUUCUUUGUUCGAGUUCUUACCAUGGUGGAAUUGCACAGUUUUAUUUUAUACAACUUUCUUCACAUGGCUAGGUUGAGUCAUGUCCUCAUUUUGCACUGCUGGUCAAGGGACUCACUUGCACAUUUAGCACUUUUGGCGCAAUCUAGAAAUAUUUUCACACAAUUCAGAACACUAGACUCGGAACUCUACUUGGAGAAUGACUUUCUUAAUCACAAUAUUCUUAAGUUGGGGGUUUUCUUGGAUAUCAAUUGCAAUCAAAGCGGUGUUGUUUUGGACAAGGAAAGUAUGAGACUUAAUUAUUUUGAAUAAGUAUUUAAAAAAAAAUAAUUACAGGCCAGUUCUAAACGACUUCUUGGUCAUCGAUAUCAUUGGCUCAUCUACGAUAGGUCCAUGAACCUACCCCAGCUAGAAACUCACUUUAAGGAGGCUCAGCUCUUUGUUGAUGCUGAUGUUACCUAUGCUACGCACGAUCCUAUCACAGAUAACUUUAUACUCUACGAUCUGUACAAUAAGGGAAGACAACUAGGUGGGGAAUUAAAUAUCACAGUCGAUCGCGAAAUUUCGUGCAAUCAGCAGGACUGUCGACUUGAGCGAUAUCUGAGUGAUCUUCACACAAGGAGUCCCCUGCAGCAUAGAAAGUCAUUCACUGGAUUAACCAUGAGAGCCACUGCUGCUGUUACUGCUUUACCGCUGAACAGCUCCGUAGAGAAGAUCUUUGAAUUUAUGGAGGCCAAGGAUAGAAUUCACCUGGAUACAUAUUGUAGAAUAGGCUAUCAGGCACGACAACCCCUGAGGGAUAUGUUGGACUGCAAGUUUAAGUACAUAUUUAGAGAUCGCUGGUCGGAUGGCAAUGCCACGGGCGGCAUGAUUGGAGAUCUCAUUCUGGAUGUGGCUGAUUUGGCGAUAGCUCCUUUCAUCUAUUCCUUUGAUCGCGGUAUAUUUCUGCAGCCCCUGACAAAGUUCAGUGUUUUCCGGGAGAUCUGCAUGUUCCGAAAUCCCCGAUCCGUUUCCGCUGGCCUGAGUGCUACGGAAUUCCUGCAGCCCUUCAGCGGAGGAGUAUGGCUGACAUUCGCACUUUUGCUCCUCCUGGCAGGCUGUCUACUUUGGAUCACCUUCAUUCUGGAGCGACGUAAGGAGUGGAAGCCCUCGCUACUGACCAGCUGCCUGCUCUCCUUUGGAGCAGGAUGUAUCCAAGGGGCCUGGUUUACCCCAAGAUCGAUGGGCGGCCGAAUGGCCUUCUUUGCCCUGAUGAUGACCUCCUUUUUGAUGUACAACUACUACACCUCCAUUGUGGUGUCCAAGUUGCUGGGUCAGCCAAUCAAGUCGAACAUCCGGACUCUACAGCAACUGGCGGACAGCAGCCUCGAGGUGGGCAUAGAACCAACGGUAUAUACCCGCACCUAUGUGGAGACCUCCGAGGAGGCAGAUGUGCGUAGUCUGUAUCGGAACAAGGUGCUCGGCAGCAAACGAUCGCCGGAUCGCAUUUGGAUGCCCACUGAGGAUGGGAUCAAGUCGGUGAGGGAUCAAGAGGGCUUCGUCUACAUAACCGGCGUGGCGACGGGCUAUGAGUUUGUGAGGAAGCAUUUCCUGCCCCACCAGAUCUGUGAGCUCAACGAGAUUCCGCUGCGCGAUGCCUCUCAUACCCACUCGGUCGUGGCAAAGAAGUCGCCCUAUGCGGAGCUAUUCAAACUUUGUGAGUUACGGAUGCUGGAGACUGGAGUUCAUUUUAAGCACGAGCGUUAUUGGAUGCAAACGAAGCUCCAUUGCUACCAGCAUAAUCACACGGUAGCCGUGGGUCUGGAGUACGCUGCUCCCCUUUUCAUCCUGCUGCUGGGUGCGAUGAUUCUCUGUGUGGGCUUACUGGGAUUGGAGGUCAUCUGGUACCGCCACUGCACUCUCCGCUAAGGUUUUCAGUUUGCUCAGCAGUUCACCAAGCCCAUUCAUCCCAUUCUUGCCUAUCAUCAGUUUGUUCAAAUGAAGGGAGUUCAGAACUGGUCAC